GACAAUAUCCAUAGACAACAUAACUAUCUAUCUAUAGUCAACUAUCUAGUUUCAUACAAGUUUAUUGUCUAACCAUUGUCUGCUUAUUAGCCAUGGUUGUUCUCAUAAACGGUUCCCCAUACCGUUACGGGGAAGAUCAAGGUAACUACGGCGGUGGUCAUGGCGGACACGGAGGUAGCUUUGGUCCCGGCGGCCAAGGCGGCUUUGGAUCAGGUGGUCAAAGUGGUCAUGGCAGCUUUGGUCCUGGUCAAGGCGAUCAACAGGGCUUCGGUACUGGUCAAGGAGGUUUUGGACCUAACAACCAGGAAGGGUUUGGACACGGCGGUCAAGGGGGUUUUGGCGGUCAAGGUGGUCGAGGACAUGGCGGUCCAGGGAACUUCGGAGGCCACCGCGGUGGUUACCAGGAGCACGGAUAUUAAUUUUUUAGUAAAAAAUAAUUUCGUAUAACCAUUACGUAUUGCCAUUGUAUAAUUAUAGUUUAAUUAUACUUUUAAAUAAAAAAAAAAAUAU